AUUAUCUCAUCAAACCCAAAAAUGAAGCUAUCUCUGCAUUUCCUCCUCCCUCUCCUCCUCCUCUCCGCCCUCCUCUGCCCCUCCUCCGCCGUACUCUGCCACCCUCAGGACAAGAAAGUCCUACUCGAAAUCAAAAAAGCCUUCAACGACCCUUAUGUUCUAUCCUCAUGGAACCCCGACACCGACUGCUGUCACUGGUACUGCGUCAAAUGUGACCGCACCACUCACCGGAUCAUCUCCCUUGUCAUCAUCACCGACAACAAAAUCUCCGGCCCCAUCCCACCUCAGGUCGGCGACCUCCCCUUCCUCCAAACCCUUAUAUUCCACAAACUCUCCAACAUCACUGGCCCUAUUCAGCCCGCCAUUGCCAAACUCAAAAGCCUUAAAUUUCUCUGGUUGAGUUGGACCAACAUUUCCGGCUCUGUCCCUGACUUCCUUAGCCAACUCAAAAAUCUAACUUUCUUGGACCUUUCAUUCAACAAUCUCACCGGUUCAAUCCCCAGUUCGCUCUCUUUGCUCCCAAACCUCGACGCCAUCCAUUUGGACCGAAACAAGCUUACCGGCUCAAUCCCGGCAUCCUUUGGGGAAUUUCAGGGGAGUAUACCGAAUUUAUACCUUUCCCAUAACCAGCUUACCGGCAAAAUCCCGGCUUCUUUAGGCAAAUUGGACUUUAACACCAUUGAUUUUUCAAGGAACAAGCUUGAAGGAGAUGCCUCCAUGCUGUUCGGAUCGAACAAGACAACGUUUUUAGUCGAUCUGUCAAGGAACAUGCUGGAAUUUGAUCUAUCCAAAGUGGAGAUUCCGAAGAAUUUGCAGUAUUUGGACCUGAACCAUAAUAGGAUCACCGGAAGCAUUCCGGUGGGGUUCACCGCCGAUAGUAAUCUGCAGUUCUUUAAUGUGAGCUACAAUAGGUUGUGUGGGGAGAUUCCGGUGGGAGGGAAGUUGCAGAGCUUUGAUUACUCGUCUUACUUCCACAACAAGUGCCUGUGUGGGGCGCCACUAUCAAGUUGCAAGUAGGGCCAUGUGUGAUGAUAUCAGCAUCCCCAGAAAGUCAUCAGCAGCUUUCGUGCUAGCUGGCCU